GCUUACCAGCCGGCAACGCUCGCGACCCUCUAAGCAUUAGGCUUUAAGGAUUGUCCGCUAGGAAUAAAUAAUAACUGUCCGGUACCAUAUUCUCUUAAUUGGAAAAGGCAGUUCCGUUGCACAGGUUGCACCGGGUCAACUGCAGUUGCGCCAUCACUGCACUAUGAUACAUAGACCAAUUCGCUAAUUAACUCGCCUUGUUCUAUAUUUGGGGCACUUUGUCGCGCGAACUCGAAUCAUGAUCACCGCUAUAGUGUUACUUACCUUUGUCAGUGUGGCCCAUGGCCUUUGCGGGGCGAGCAUUCGCUGGUCCCAUAACUUUUACAUUGACGAUGUCUACGGAAUGUGGUACGGGGUUGGUUAUGCCCAGCAUAGUCCGGAUAUGACUAACAGACCAGAGGACAUUGGCUGCGUGACGCUCUUUAUCACUGAUGCUGAUAAGCCCAACGAUGAUUUGUUCCAGUGGUCUAUACCUCACAGGAAUCUCAGCGGUCAAUCUUGGCUGUCGCGUAGGAAUAACCCGUGGUCUAACACUCCUAUGUCCGGGUCCUGGUUGGACAUACGUUUGAAGAGGAGAAAACGGGCUGUUUCUAAAAGAGAGCGACCCAAGAGAGUUAAGAGAGACAUGUACGAAGAGAGACGGCUGCGCGUGGUGUGGGACGAAGACGGGCAGAGCAUGGAGCAGACGUAUGUGUAUACUCCUUCAGAGCCAGGGCUGUGGACUGUUGAACAAUGGAGGCCGAUGGAAAGGGAGUUGAUCUCACACGGAGUAGAUGUAUGGUACCCUGAUGAUCCACCACGACACCCCGAAGUGAUCCGCAUCUUGAAGGCGACUCAAGAAAUGCUGAUCAUAAAUCACUGCUCAGACUCUGGUGGUCGAGGCGUGUUCUCCCUCAUCCUACGACGUUCUCCAGAUAAAGUCGACUAUUGGGAAUGGUACGAACUACAACGCCAGUUCUACAAUUACGACUUACCUAAUGUACACAGAAAGGCGGCGGUGUGUGCUGCAUGCCUGCCAGUGUUUUCUUUUAUAUGUUUUUUAAUUUGUACUGUUGCUUUGAAGUUCCUGUAAAAAUAGUUUGAAUAAGUAGGGUAUUUGUCUGGGUCAAAGACAAAUUAUAAAAUGCCAAUCUAGAAAUAGAUUCCAGUCUAAGAUAAUCAAUAAUCAUUUUACUUUUCGAAUUUUAUUUAUGAAUUUAAUACCUACGACAUUUGAACGCUUUUAUUGAUGACGUCACAGGACAGUAUUUCCAUACAAACUCCAAAGCAACCUCUCAUUUUGACGUUUCGUAAAAAGUAUCUCAUUUGACUAGGUUGUCAAGUAGCCUCUUAAAAUGGAUUGUAAGUAUUCUAUUUUUGAAAAUGUAAAUAUGCUGUCAGUAAAUUAAAAUGAUAACUCAAUUUCUUUAGUUUGAAGGUGGCAGAUGUAAAAAGCUAUACCUAGCUUGUAAUUAAAAGUUUAAUGUAACCGUACCAGUACAAACUUAAUAUAAAUAAAAUAUUAAGAACGA